UCCUCCUUCUCUUCUUCGUACGAGGUGAUUCUAUGCACAACACCGCACCACCUGCGCGAGGCGGCCAGCAUUAGAAUGGACGUCUUCAUUGCCGAGCAAGGCUUCGACGUGCAGGACGAGCUGGACGAGAACGACGCCAUCUGUGCCCACUUUCUCCUCAUCGACACUGCCAACCCCUCUCAAGGUCUCGGCACGCUUCGUUGGGUACCCUAUCCCACCGGACCUGUUCUGGAGAGCAGUAAAGAGGCCAUCGCAACUCGCUCUACGGAGGAAGGUCUGCCGCUGGGAAGAGCGCAGACGACCGAGGAGCUCACGCGGUCCUUUGUCUCUGCUGGGCAGGCCAAGCUAGGCAGGCUAGCCGCACGGAAAGAGGUACGAGGUAAGAAGCUGGGGGCGAAGCUCGUGGUAGACUCGGAGAAGUGGAUUCGGAGCAUCCUUGCAGCCAAUUUGAGCAAGGGAGAGCAGGUGGAGGUGGGGAUGAAGCUUCACUCGCAGAUGCAGGUCAUCAAGUUCUACGAGCGACUUGGCUACACAGCUUCCGGCGAGCCUUUUGACGAGGAUGGAGCUCCACAUAUGCUGUGCUCAAAGAAGGUUACCAUC